AUGGUCCCCAGAUGUGAAUGCCCACCAGGAACUACUGGUCAGCUUUGUGAGACAAAUAUUUUUGACUGCAGAGUAACAAACUGCACCAAUGGAGGAACCUGUUCUUUGCAAACCGGAGCUUACGUGUGUAAUUGCUUGCCCCCGUUUACAGGCCAGUCCUGUUCAUCGAGCCUGGACCCUUGUAUCCCCAACCCUUGCCUGUUUGGAGGGACGUGCUAUCGGGUGAAUGACACAAGUUUUAGCUGUGCAUGUUCAGAUGGCUUUAUUGGCACCCUCUGCGAGGCCGAUGUCUAUGACUGCUUGUCUAACCCUUGUUUAAAUGGGGGGACCUGUCAGGAUGCUUCUUUUGUGGACGGAAGCUGGAAUUCUGGGAUUACUUCUGCAACCAUCAAGGGAGACGACUCGGUGUCAGCGGAAAAUAACACUGGAGUAAGUUUAAGGACUUCAAAGUUUGCAUGCAUCUGUUUGAGUGCAUAUACUGGAACACUUUGUGAAAUAGAAUUUCAAGCAUGUAUGUCCAGCCCUUGUAAAAAUUCUGGGACUUGCUAUUCUCUGGGACCUAAUGGUGAGCAAUAUUAAAUUAUGAUCAAAGUAUCAUUUUUACCUCUUAAUCUGUUUUUAAUUAAGCUUUUUAUACCCCUAAGGCUUGGACUUUUUUGUAAUUGUCGGAGAAAUAUCCUAAUGUUCUGAAACAUUAAUUUCACAUUUUAAUAAUCCAUUAAUUUUAUAUUUUGGGUUUGUCAGUUAAUGGCAGAAAUCUAUUAAUAGAACAUCCGGGCAUACAGUCUGGCCAAUCUCAUAAGAUAUUAAUACCAAAUCCUGGUAUUCCAUUUGGCCAAUCUCUCAAAAGCUGGCGACGUUAAUGUGAGCCGGCAUAGUGGUCUUAACCUAGACAAAGACGUAUUUACAACUGUAUUUUACAAAAGAUUUUACAAACAAAUUGUUACUGCUACUUCAUGUACGCAGAAAUACAUUGUUAGAAGCUAUGUUUUACCAAAAAAAAUUCCAAAAAUAGUGACAUUACGUACAGAAUGUGAUUUUUUUUUCAGUCUUAGAAAUGACAAACCGUAUUGCGAAAUUGUGAUCCUGAAAUUAUUUGAUCUAACCCUAACCAAACUCUUGCAAAAUUAUGAAUUUGUUUGAUCUAAAAGUUGUUGACAAGCUCUUUAUAAAUUGAUUUUUACAUUUCAUAUGUUGAUUGAUGCUCUGUGGACAUUGGUACUUGACAUAAAUUCUCUUCAUUCACAGCCUAUAGCUGUCAGUGUGUUGCUGGCUGGACUGGCACCAACUGUGAUGUAGAUGUUAAUGAAUGUUGGAACACGUCGUCUGUAUGCUUGAAUGAUGGACAGUGCAUCAACAGAACCCCAGGUUUUUUGUAUGUAGAUUCAAUAUGUCUAAAUAACAUGGUGAUCAACUCUAGUUAUUUAUGUCUGAAAUUGAAAAGAUUAUUUAUUAAUUAUUUUUUUUCCCUAUAUUUUAGGGCCAAGAUCAAUUUAUUGAUCAUUCUGGCUCCUGGUUUGAAUUCAGAGUUUGCCUUCCCUUAGAUGAGUUGCAGUCCAAGGCUAACAAGUCCCAUCCACCCGGAGUGCUUGGGAAGUUUUUGAUUGUCUUGGCUUAUACUUAACUCUUGAUGAAAUUAUUGUUUUUUCUCUGCUUCAGUUGUGUCUGUCCUUUGGGAUGGACAGGCAGAAUUUGUGACACAGACAUUGUGGACUGUGGUCAGCAGUCUUGUCUCAACGGUGGGACUUGUGUGGAGGGUACAGGCAAUUUCUCUUGUCUCUGUCCAGCCGGUAAGUGGCCUUGUUGACUUUUUGUAAACAGAUUUUAACCUUGAAUGAUUUGAUGUUUUUCUCCAAACCUAAACAUUUUCAAGUUUUAAAAUAAACAUAGAUCUGAAAUACAUAGGCAAAAAUACAUUACCAUUUAUAUCUCUAGAUCAACUUUUUCAUUUUUUCACUACAUUUAUAUUAUAUAUUUUUUGUGCUUUAACAAGUAAAAGAACCUCUACUACAUUCAACAAUUUUAGAAUGUGUUUAUAUAAACAUUUUCUUAAACACUCUUUAAGUACUUUUUUAUGCUACAAAAGGAGCCACGUAGCCAAUUUCAGCUUCAUUGAAUACAGAUCGUGGUUGCCUUUUAUCUAAGGAAGGAAUGAUAUGAAUUCUUGAAAACUUAACAGAUUCAGUUGUAGGCAGAGUCGUCAAAUUUCAGCUUUUUUAGGAAAUAUGGAAGUUGGUUAAAAUUGUCUUUAAAGAUGUUGAACCAGUACAAAUUAAAUAUGAUCUUUUAAAAAAACAAACAAUUGAGCUCUUCCUUAUGACCAAAUCUGAGGAUGUUUUGGAAAUGGCAUUUUAUGUUUUCAACCACAUCUGAUGAUCUGUGUGGGACAGAAAAGGUGAUAUGAAAUUGUUCAACAAAAUAUUUCUUUGUGUCUCAGACUACACAGGUAAAAACUGCUCAGUCGGCUUGUCACAAUGCCAGCCUAACCCCUGUCAGAACAAUGCCAGCUGUAUUGACCUCAGCACUGUCAAUGAUGAAGGGGUCAGAUUCAGAUGUCAGUGCAUGGCGGGAUAUACAGGUAAAGGGUUCUAGGUUUGCUUAAGAAUUUUCACUUCGUUAGAAAAGUGUAGAUUAAAAGAUUCACAAAUUAUGUAAAUAUUUAAAGUUAUGCCAUGUUAUCAUUUAAUGCAGGUAUGAAUUUUUCAGCUAAAAGUCAUCCUCAGAGUAAAUAAUAAAUAUAAAAUAUUGAAAAGUUGAAAUUUGUUCAAAUAAAGUAUUUGUCUGUGGUUAUCUCCCUUCGCACUAUCCAUCUUCCAAACAGAUGUGAACUUUGUUAAACCAGUGUACAAUGUACUCAGAUUAGAAGCAUACAAUGUACACAGAUUAGAAGCCAGUGUACAUUGUAUACAGAUGAGAAGACAGUGUACAAUGUACUUAGAUUAGAAGCAUGUUUAAAUAUAUAAAGUUUAUCUUUUUUAAACCAGUGUACAAUGUACUUAGAAAAGAAGCAUGUUUAAAUAUAUAAAGUUUAUCUUUGUUAAACCAGUGUACAAUGUACUUAGAUUAGGAGCAUGUUUAAAUAUAUAAAGUUUAUCUUUGUUAAACCAGUGUACAAUGUACUUAGAUUAGGAGCAUGUUUAAAUAUAUAAAGUUUAUCUUUGUUAAACCAGUGUACAAUGUACUUAGAUUAGAAGCAUGUUUAAAUAUAUAAAGUUUAUCUUUGUUAAACCAGUGUACAAUGUACUUAGAUUAGAAGCAUGUUUAAAUAUAUAAAGUUUAUCUUUGUUAAACCAGUGUACAAUGUACUCAGAUUAGAAGCAUACAAUGUACACAGAUUAGAAGCCAGUGUACAUUGUAUACAGAUGAGAAGACAGUGUACAAUGUACUUAGAUAAGAAGCAUGUUUAAAUAUAUAAAGUUUAUAAAAAUAAGGGCACUAAGAAGAUAUAAUUUCUUGUUUGUUUGCCUAGGUCAACUGUGUGGCGGCAACAUUGAUGAGUGCACGGUUCUCAGCCCUUGUCAAAACAACGCCACCUGCCUCGAUGCUAUAAAUGACUUCACUUGCCAAUGCCUUGAAGGCUGGACAGGGAAAACCUGCCAGGAAAACAUUGAUGAUUGCAUGCCCGACCCAUGUUUAAAUGGAGGGACAUGCUUAGAUCAGGUUGGAGGGUUCACCUGCCAGUGCCCUAUCGGUUAUUCAAGUAAGUUUGGGUGCAUUGUUGGUGAAAUGGUUGUAAAGAUGUUUUUUGUAAAAAUGGUUUUGAAAACUUAUGCAAUGGUUUUAAAGUGGUUUCUUAAGGGUUUUGAAAUCGCUGUAAGUGAAUUAAAUAAGCUAAAUUGUCAUUUCAGAUCAAUAAUGAAAUGAUGAGUUGUAACAUCAAAUUAGGCCUGGAUUUGGGGUUAGAGUAACUCUAACUUUGAGAUCACGGUUGCUUGAGUCUACUUGGUAUCACAAGUAAAAGACAACCCCUGCUGGACCACAUUUAUUAUAUCCUGAUUGUAAAUCUAAAAAUUUGCAGCAGUUAUAUUAUCUAAGAUGAGGUGGCCACAGAUUUAAACUGUGCAUUCCACCACAUGUGCUCAACGCCAAUCUAUCAUCAGCAUCAGUGCUUAGUGCCAAUCUACCAUCAGCAUCAGUGCUCAGUGCCAAUCUACCAUCAGCAUCAGUGCCCAGUGCCAAUCUACCAUCAGUAUCAGUGCUUAGGGCCAAUCUACUAUCAGCAUCAGUGCUCAGUGCCAAUCUACCAUCAGCAUCAGUGCUUAGUGCCAAUCUACCAUCAGCAUCAGUGCUUAGUGCCAAUCUAACAUCAGCAUCAGUGCUCAGUGCCAAUCUACCAUCAUCAUCAGUGCCCAGUGCCAAUCUACUAUCAGCAUCAGUGCUCAGUGCCAAUCUAACAUCAGCAUCAGUGCUCAGUGCCAAUGUACCAUCAGCAUCAGUGCUCAGUGCCAAUCUAACAUCAGCAUCAGUGCUCAGUGCCAAUCUACCAUCAGCAUCAGUGCCCAGUGCCAAUCUACCAUCAGCAUCAGCACCAGGUCCAAACUAACAUCAGCAUUCGUGCUCAGUGCCAAUCUACCAUCAGCAUCCGUGCUUAGUGCCAAUCUACCAUCAGCAUCACUGCUUAGUGCCAAACAUCAGCAUCAGUGCUCAGUGCCAAUCUACCAUCAGCAUCAGUGCCCAGUGCCAAUCUACUAUCAGCAUCAGCAUCAGUGCCAAUCUAACAUCAGCAUCAGUGCUCAGUGCCAAUCUACCAUCAGCAUCAGUGCUUAGUGCCAAUCUACCAUCAGCAUCAGUGCUUAGUGCCAAUCUAACAUCAGCAUCAGUGCUCAGUGCCAAUCUACCAUCAGCAUCAGUGCUCAGUGCCAAUCUAACAUCAGCAUCAGUGCUCAGUGCCAAUCUAACAUCAUCAUCAGUGCUUAGUGCCAAUCUACCAUCAGCAUCAGUGCUCAGUGCCAAUCUCACAUCAGCAUCAGUGCUUAGUGCCAAUCUAACAUCAGCAUCGGUGCUUAGUGCCAAUCUAACAUCAGCAUCAGUGCUUAGUGCCAAUCUAACAUCAGCAUCAGUGCUCAGUGCCAAUCUACCAUCAGCAUCAGCGCUCAGUGCCAAUCUAACAUCAGCAUCAGUGCCAAUCUACCAUCAGCAUCAGUGCCAAUCUACUAUCAGCAUCAGUGCUCAGUGCCAAUCUACUAUCAGCAUCAGUGCAGCAUUUCAUUACUUUGAACUAAUAAAAUUUAUUUUCUCUGCAAGUAUCAGAACCUUUUGUUUAGCUGUAUUUCAGGAACCUAUUUUAUUAUAAACCUUCUUCAUUUUAUUAUAGUGAAGUAUCUUUUCCAUAAUGAAGACAAAUAAUUGAUCUUUUCAUCCCAGAUACUACCUGUAAUGUUGAUGUCAAUGAGUGCAGUUUCAACCCCUGCAGAAACAAUGCCACCUGUGUGGAUCUGAGCAAUGCUUUUAGAUGUCAAUGUUUACCUGGGUUUACAGGUAGGUCAAGUGACAGGAUGAAAAAUAAACAUGAUAAUUCCAUUACUUAUCUGAAACUUUUUAUAUUACUUGGUAUCAAUGAUGACUGUCUAUCAUUUUGUCUGUCUCUUAGUCUGUUUCAACUUCUUAAUAGGCAUAUUUAACUGAAUUACCUUCAUCUUCGAGAUGUUUAAAAAAAAUAAAUAUCAGUUUUAUAAAACUAUUGGAGCUCAAAGAGAUCAGGAGGGUGAUGGGACAAAGUAAUUCUAUCAAAAGUUGUUAAAACUUUGUCAUGACUUGCCCAUAUUGACUUUGACUCAACAGUACAGUGGCAGGUGAUGAGUUGUUGGUGGGGUGGGGUCUGUGGUGUCUGUUGUAACUGAAUGUGCCACUUGGUUCAGGAGAUCAGCCAGUAUAACUGAAAUAUGAAUAGAAGUAUAUAAAGAUUUACCAUAUUACACAGCAAUAAGAUGGCUAAGUUGUGACUAAGUUCUGAGCAGAGUAUUUAAGUUAAGAAAGGAAAUAGGUGACUUCCUGGAAAGUAAAGGCAAGCCACAGCCAUUAGUGUCUGAUGAAGAGUGGGUAUGGAAAUUGGUCUUUGCUGCAGACAUAACUAGUCAUUUAAAUUUUCUGAACCUAAAACUCAAAGGAGAGGAAAAUCUAGUUUCUGAUCUAUAAACCCACCUAAAGGCCUUCAGAUCCAAACUCGUCUUGUUUUUUCCAACAAGUACAGGCCAACAACUUGACACACUUUAAGCAGUGGACGGUCUUCGUGGCUGAAGCAAAAGCGGAGUUGCACACGUCAUUUGCAUGUGAGAUCAUCAAAAACCCCAGCUGCAGUUUCAGCAGUGGUUUUCUGACUUGGAUUUAAAGGCAGAAGAAGUGAGACUUUUUCAAAACCCAUUUGAAUAAGAUGUGGCCAGUUGCCCAGAUGAACUGCACCUGAGGUCAUUGAGUUGCAAGCAAAUCACCACCUUAGGGACAGGUUCAAAAAAGGACUGGUGGGUUUUUAACUAGUUUUCGCCCAAGGAAGACUUCCCUAAUUUCAAAACAUUUGCAUCAAUGUACCUUUCAAUCUUUGGGACAACAUGCCUGUGUGAACAAACAUUUUAGAGAAUGAAAUAUGUGAAGAACAAUUUGAGAACAAAUUUGUCCGAUUAUAAUCUGAGGUCACUGUUGAUGUUAGGGACAUCAAAUCUAACUCCAGAAAUGUCUGCUAAUCACUGUGCUAUUUUGGCAUCCAGAAAACAAUGUCACCAUUGCCACUAAUACAGGUGUUCAUGUGUCGUGUAUCCAUGUGUUAUUAAAUAAUAACUGAAUGAAAUAAUACAUACAUACAUACAUCAUUAAAAACAACAUCCAUGUUUUGAUUCUUUUUUAUUUGGACCUCGAGUGUGUACGCGGCCCCCGGACUCCUGUUUGAUAGUUAAUGCGGCCCUUGGGCUGAAAAGUUUGGAGACCCAUGCACUAGAUAAUUUAAGAGCUUUUGGGAGCGAUCAAUAUGUUUGAACCUUUAUAUCCAGCUGAGAAUAAGUUUGAGAAUCCAUACCAUCCACGAUUUCUUGGAAUCCUUGAAUGCACCAAUCAGUAUGUUGUCAGUAUGGCUGCACAAUAAAUUAGGAAUUGCUUUUCAUUUAAAUUUUACCAUGUCAACAAUGCAUGUGUUGUGUUUGUAGGUGUGGCCUGUGAGACCAAUGUUGAUGACUGCUUUAGUUCUCCAUGUAUCGGUGCCGCCACCUGUCUUGAUGGCAUUGACAACUUCACCUGUGUGUGUCCACCGGGUUUUACAGGUAAAUGUCCAAAUAAGGAACAGAAGAUAAGGUCAAACUUUUUAGUUUCUCAGCAUGAUCCAUCAGCAUCUUAUGUAUUUAAAACAAGAGUAAGUCAGAAUUAGACAUGCAGCAUAUAGCUUUUGUUUUGGCUUUCUGGCCUAACAAGGAUUUACUGCUGUCCUCAUAUUUCAUAUGUCUGGCCUAACAAAGAUUUACUGCUGUCCUCAUAUUUCAUAUGUCUGGCCUAACAAGGAUUUACUGCUGUCCUCAUAUGUCAAAAGUCUGGCCUAACAAGGAUUUACUGCUGUCCUCAUAUUUUAUGUGCAAACACCCCCCACCCUCCCAGUACAUUUGCCAACACCCCCAUGUAUAUGCACAAAUCUGAAUUAAAAUGAUAAAUUAGCUGAGGGAACUAUUUGAAACCACACCCCUAUUUCUAUUUAUAAAUAUGCUUGUACUUACAAAUAUGCCUCUAUUUACAAAUAUUGCUUAUGUUUACCGAUAGGACUCAAAAAGACAAAGUAGCCGAGGGACCUGUUUGAAACAGAUCUGGGUUUGGAUGCCAGACCCUUUCCUUAAGACUGUUAUAUUAGGAUGCCAGACCCUUGCCCUAAGGCUGUUAUAUUAGGAUGCCAGACCCUUGCCCUAAGGCUGUUAUAUUAGGAUGCCAGACCCUUGCCCUAAGGCUGUUAUAUUAGGAUGCCAGACCCUUGCCUUAAGGCUGUUAUAUUAGGAUGCCAGACCCUUGUCCUAAGGCUGUUAUAUUAGGAUGCCAGACCCUUGCCUUAAGGCUGUUAUAUUAGGAUGCCAGACCCUUGCCCUAAGGCUGUUAUAUUAGGAUGCCAGACCCUUGCCUUAAGGCUGUUAUAUUAGGAUGCCAGACCCUUGCCUUAAGGCUGUUUUAUUUUACAUUGUGCAGGCAACAGCUGACUCCUAUUAAUUGUUAUAUCGUCCAGGCCCCAGGUGUUCAGAAGAUGUCCCCGAAUGCUCUUCCUCCCCAUGUCUCCACGGAGGAACUUGCACUGAGCCCACACCCGCCACGUUUACAUGUGCCUGCCUUUCAGGGGUCGAGGGUCAAACUUGUGACGUUAUAAAGGAGGCCACAUUCAACGGCAACACUGUAUUGACCUUAUCCUCACUCAAGGUCAUUAUCCAGCCUAAAACGGGUAUCACUGCAGCCGCAGUGAUGGCCCCACUGGCCGCCUCUGAUGUACAGUUACAGUUCACAUUCACAACUACGGUGCUUGAAGGCAUUCUGCUACUUACCACCGGAGUAAAGUCAUACAUACAUAUUUUAGUUUACUUUUCGUAGAGAAUAUUUAUGAAAAGAUGUGGAAAAGAGUAUCUCCUUUAUUGAACAGAUUUUUUACAUUUUGCUAAAUAUGAAUUUGAGCUUAUUAAAAACAAUUUAUACGUAUAAGUUAAAUAUAAUAAGUAGGCGUUCCAUUGUUCUCAACGUGAUCAUUUCAAGGCUUCAUUUGAAUAAAUUAAUAUAUGAUAUGCUCACAAGAUGAGCCACAAUAGUCUUUUAAUAUUAAUCAAAGGGAAGACUCUGCAUUUGAGAGAGGUAUCCAUUGGCAUAGGACGGGUGGUGUGGAGGGGUGAUCCGUCCAGGGUUUGACUUUUUUCUACAUAUUGACGGGCGGCAAGAAUCUUGGCCCACCCCCAGGCUGUACUAACCCAAGCUACUAACCCAAGCUAUGGCACUAACAAUACUGCUAAAAUUACUUAAUUAGGCCUGCAUUUCUUUUAGAACUUGUGUUCAGUAUGCACAAAAGAUUUGUUCAAAGAGAAUAUGGCAAAAAAUUGAUUUUUUUUCAAGGUGCUAACAGGAAUAAGGUUAAUCUGAAUUAAUUGAACAGUUUUUGUCUCUUUAUUGACAGAUCUCACCAUCUGGCCAACCCCAACACAUCAAACUUGAGAUCAGAGACUCCAUACUUUAUCUGUCUGCCAGUAAUGGAGAACAGCGGCUUGACUCCUCCAUUCAGUUAUCUGACCAGAAUUCCCAAAUUUACAAUCAUGCUGUGAAGUUGGAGCUUGGGGUUGAGAGUAUCACCCUUGACCUUGAUGGUGACAGCAGGUGGUCUCACAGCUUGAAGUUUGAGAAUGCAACAUCAUGGAGCUGGGAGGGUCCAUUAUUUUUUGGAGGGGUGUCAGGUCUUACACCUUACACAAGGAGCAUUGUGAAGGAAGUGGGAGGUUUUAUUGGAUGUUUAGGGGUAGGUGGAAACUUUUUCUUGCCUCUUUCCUUGUUUUCACUAUAGUGUUUGUUUUAAAAAAAUACAUCUCUCAUAUAAGAAAGAAAACAAAUUUGUUAAGAUCAAUAAGAACAUUUUUAAUUUGACAAGAGCCAGUAUUCAUCAUCAUCAUCAUCAUGUCCCUUAGUCCUUGGACCGUUGGAGCGCCACAGAUGACAUGUGAACCAUCCUCCUCCAUUCGUCUCUGUCUUCGGCACUACGCACUGCAUUGCCAAGUGUUAGUCCUGUCCACUCUUUGAUGUUAUCCUCCCUUCUUUUUCUUUCUCUUCCUCUUCUUCUCCCUCCUCUUGUGGGGCCCUGCAAUAUUUCUUUGGCAAGCCCUUGUUUCCUUGUUACGUGGCCGUACCAUUGUAGUUUGCGUUUUUUCACAGUCACCAGUAGGUCAUCGUACUCCCCAUUGCCUGACGAACCCUUUCUUUCACUGUAUCAUUGGAGAUAUGGUCCCUAUAGCAGAUGCCAAAAAUGCUUCUGAAGCAUCUCAUCUCCAUCGCCUUUAUUUUCCUUUCAAGAUCGGCUGUUAAUGUCCAGGACUCGCAGGCAUACAGGAAAAUGGAGAGGACUAAUGAGUGCAUCAGCCUGAUUUUGGUGCUGGGGGCUAUAUUUUUGUCAUUCCAUAUUUUCUUGAGCUUCUUUAGUGCUGUUGUAGUCUCCGCAAUCCUGGACAUCAGUUCGAGCUUGGAGCCUUCUUCUGAGACUAUUGCUCCUAAGUAUUUGAAGUGGCCGACAGUCUCUAAUCUUUCCUCCCCGACCUUAAUUUCAGUGGUGAUGCCUGCGGUAUUAUUUGUCAUCAGUUUUGUCUUUUCGGCACUGGUUAGCAUGCCGUAGGACGACGAGGUCUUAUCGAGACGCUUUACCAGGUUGGCUAGCUCUUCUUUGUUCCCAGCCAGUACGUCUAUGUCGUCUGCAAAGCAUAGGUUGGUGAUUGUUCUGCCACCAAUGCUGACUGUCCCUUCAUGUGCUUCCAGAGCAUCUGACAUAAUUCUCUCUAGGAAGAUGUUGAACAGGGUGGGGGAGAGCAGGCAGCCUUGUCGUUCUCCAACCGUGGUCUUGAACCAUUCUCCGAUGUUGUUGUUGAGGAAGACUGCACUGGUGGCCUUAUCAUAGAGGUUGCAUAUCAUGCUGGUUAGGUUUGUGUUGAUGUUAUAGUGCCUCACGGUGGCCCAUAAAGCAGCAUGCCAAACCCUGUCAAAUGCUUUCUUGAAGUCAACAAAGACGUGGUAUAGGUGUUGAGCAUAUUUCUCACAUAGUAUUCGGAGGUUUCUGUUCUUCAGCAAUGAUUCUGUCGGCAUAUGGUUUUAGUCAGUUCAAUAUGACCUUCAGCAUGACUUUGCUUGGAUGGCUUAUUAGGCUAAUUGUGCGAUAGUUUUGGCAGAGGCAGUAUUAUAAACAUGAAAACUAAGCUUAACCCUCUUGAGACGGCUGGGCCGAUCUAUUGGCCCAGAGUGUUAUGGCGAAAAAGGCAAAAGACAUAUCCAUGGACCCAAUAAUAAAAACCUCAAGAUUGGCUGGCUGGCCUGUGUAGCAGCUAAUCAGAUUGCUUCUUGCACUUCUUGCUCAUUUUGCCACUUUAAUGGCGGCUUCCAUUGAUAGGUGACAGUGUUCUGUCAUUUUUUUAAUCAAUUAAUUUGGUACCAAAAUGACCCCUAUAUAUACUGUUUUAUCUUAUCUUAUCUAUGAAUUUGAUCUCAUCCUAUCUUAUGAACAAGGCUUCUGAUUCCCAAUAUUUAUCUAAGACAUCUAUGAUGUAAUUCUUUCUAGGUCUGUCUGAUAACAGGUCAACCUUUUAAAAAAAUGCUACUUCUUAAUUAUCUUUUCAUACUCUAACUUGUCAGUUAUUUUGGCUUAAGUGUUACUAAUAUUCUUGAAAUAUUUCAGAAUCUCAUUGUCAACAGCCUUGCCAUCAACUUGGCAGAUGCCAAACAGUUCACCACUCCCAAUGACACGACCACUCCAACCAUUGGCUGCUCAACCCACACCCCUUGCCUGGCCACAACCUGCUCCAAUGGAGGGACUUGCCUUGACCGGUGGACACACCUGGAGUGUGUCUGCCUACCUGGGUUCAGUGGGCCUGGCUGCGGUUUCCAGAACACUGCAAACUUUGACGUGGACAACAUGCUGUACUUUGAUGGGAAUUUUUCCAUUUCACAAUUGUCUUUUGAAGUCACUGCAGCAAACUUAUCAGGGCUAAUCUUAUACACAGUAUGUAGACCUAUAUUAUAGUAUUGUAAAGUUAUAGAUUUUUUUAGAAUUUUUAUAAACACUUAUUUGUAUUUAAGAAAGUUUUAGACAUUUUUAAAAAAGUAAUAAAAAUAAAAUAAAAUAAAAAAAUAAACAACUUGAAAUGGAAGAUUUGUCUCAUUAAGAAUGAGUCCUCACAGGUAGACCAAUAGAAAUGGCAAGAGAAGUGGAAGCGUAACUGUUUUGAAAUAGUUAAACUUUAAGUACACGAUAAAUGGAAGGGGAUUGGAAAAAAAAAUAGCAUAACGAGAGUAAAAUUUUACCAUCCAAAACUGUCUCUUGUGAUAAACUUGGUUGUGAUAUAGGGAUCACGUGCCCUAACUUAAGCUUCACAUUUCUUUACGUUUUAUUUCCAGUGGAGCAGAGAUAUGGUGAGCAUCAGUCUCGACAACGGUCAGGUCAGAGCACAGCUGGUUCCUCUUUCGUCUGGCCAGGAUAGUGUCAUAAAAGUUGGCAGUGACCUUCACCUUCGGGGAUGGAUCAGUGUCAGUCUUCAGUUUCUAGGCCAGGAAUUUUCAAUGGAGGGUAACGCAAUUUUAAAUAUAAAUGUAUGUUUGACCUUACUCUUCUGUAACUGUGCUGUUUAGGACCCAUGAAACUAUUCUCUAUUACCAGUCCAGAGGGAUUUUUUCAAUCAAUUUCAAAGUCAUUAGGAAAUAAAUAAACAAGAAGAAUUUCAUCUGAAUGCUACUGAGAAGGUGCAGUGCCAUUUGAAUUUAACAAAUAUAAAUGUAUAUAAACAUUUAGAGGAAGGCUUAUAGGACACUUGAAACUAUAUCAUUUAAACAUUUAUUGGCACCACUAUGUAAUGUAAUGAUAAUAUUCUUUAUUAAUCCAAAUAAAUGGAAAUGUUUUUUGAUUACAUUGUUCAAAUACAUAUUUUAAGCAAGACACCAUUUUACAAUUAUAACAAUUUAGACUUUUUGGUCAUAAUUAAAUCUUGACGUAUUGUUAACUUUCACUUUCGUACUGUUAGCAGUAAAAUUUCAGUUGCAUAGCUGCAUAUCCUAAGUGAUAAAUCAAGUAGGAGCCAAAAUGAUCAAUAAAUUGAUCGUGGGCUCUUAAGAUACAGAAGAAGAAGAAGUAGACCCAAGACAUCUUAAGUAUUUCUCUAGCAUAAGAGGUGCAUACAUUAUUUAAAGUGGUUGUUUUUAUAACAAAGUAAUAUAUAUAUAGGAGAAACAAUAAAGGGAUGUUUUAUAUGUACAAAUGUGACACUCUUGAUCCACUACAUUGUAUUAAAAUUUAAUAUGUUGUAAUAGAAUACAAUAACAAUAUAUAUUUUACAACUUGAAAUAGUUUUUGCAUUUUGCUUUGUUCACCUGUGUCAUAAUUAUAACAUUUUUGUGGGUUUAAAACACCAAAAAAAGCUCAUAUAUUGUGUUUGUGUAUACACCAAAAUUAUCAUCAUCUUUUAAGUGUCCAGCAACACAACAGGUUCUCUUGGGUCAGCAAGAGGUUUUGCAGGUUCUCAGAUACUUGUGGGUGGCCCCUUAUUUCUGGGCAUGCUGCAUCAGCACACCGCCAUGGACAAGUGGAGAGGCAGGAGUCCGCCUCUGCCCACAGAACAAAGGUAAAUGAUAGAAACAUAAGAACAAGGCGUGCUAAACUUGAAUUCAUAGACAGGACAAAAGAUUUGGACAUUUCGGCUUAGAGCUUUCAUCAACAAACAAGACUAAAAGAAGAAUGACAAGUAACAGAGCACAGUUUUAAUUCUGGCAACAAAAGGAAAUCUCUCCAAAAAAAAAAAAAGUAUUUUUACUGUGUUCUGUUACUUGUCAUUCUUCUUUUUGUCUUGUUUGCUGAUGAAGGAUCUAAGCUGAAACGUCUUAAUCUGUUGUCCUGUCUCUGAAUUCAAGUUUGGCAUCCCUUAUCCCUUGUUCUUAAUUUUUAUUUACAUAACUUGAAUGCAGUCCAUCAAUUAUUGUAAAUAAUAGAAGCUUGAUGAAGCUCGUAUGGGACUGUACACACUUCCCAACAUGGGGUUGCUGGUCAAAGGGGGGCUGGCUGGUCAAAGGGGGGUUGGCUGGUCAAAGUGGGGCUGGCUGGUCAAAGGGGGGCUGGCUGGUCAAAGGGGGCUGGCUGGUCAAAGGGGGGCUGGCUGGUCAAAGGGGGCUGGCUGGUCAGUGGGAGGUGGUUGGUCAAUGGGAACUGGCUGGUUAAGGGGGUUUGGACAGAGACAAUAUUUAUCAUUUUAUGCUGGAUAUCACAAUGAGAAGUGUGUGCACUGUUAAUGACUGGGGAAAGUGUUCACCACCAGAAGAAGCAUGCAUAUCUUGGAAAGAGUUCAUCACUAGGGAAGUGUGAUUCACAUGGUAAUUCUAAACUGUAACAUCAUGACAUCUAGUGUUCAUUGAGCACACAGUAAAACAUACUCUGAAUCACAUGGAUGAUUAAUUACAAUUGAUAAUUACAAAAGACAGGACUAUUUAUUGUCAGCAAAUUUGGCAAGCAUGUAAAAUGAGGGAGUGAUAGUAGAAUAUCCAAAGAGAGAGAGGUUGUAUGAAUCAAUUUUGAACACAGAUAUAAUUUGAGUUCAUAUUCUUUAUUCAUUGGAUUGUUACUGUUGACCUCACAUUGAUUCUGUGAAUGGGGGCUGCAUUGUAUGGUUAUUAAAAUUUUAUGUGUCAAGUUUUAUUUCAACUAAUAAAGUGAUGAAUGCACAUUCCUCGACUUGCAUGGACUUGACAUUUUGUUUUAAUGAGAGGAAGUAUGGCUACGUGUACAUCAGAAGUAACAUUGGUUACAUAGGCCACCAUGUAUUGUGUGUUCCAAGACACAACAUUGGUUACAUAGGCCACCAUGUAUUGUGUGUUCCAAGACACAACAUUGGUUACAUAGGCCACCAUGUAUUGUAAGUGGGUUCCAUUGGGAAAGUGUUCCUGACAGGGGAGCAGUGUAUCACUGGAGAUUCCUGAGAAAAUUCAUUAUGGUACAAAAUUAAUAUUCCAAAUAAGAAGAGGAUUUAUUCAGAGUUAACCUUUUUUUUUAUUUAGGUUUAAGAUUAUUUUUGAAAAUUUGUAUAACAGUAUAAUUUAGAGUUUCAACAAAGUUUGAUGGCUUUGCAUGAAUGUUUAAAUUAAAUGGCUUACGUUCUAUUCUAUUCAACACACAACAGCUUACAUUCCAUUCUAUUCAACACACAACAGCUUACAUCCUAUUCUAUUCAACACACAACAGCGUUAAAGGCUGCAUAAGGAAUGUCAUAGUGAACCACGUCACGAUAGACCUCUCUUCACAUGUUCCAACGUCACUGGGGAAUGACCCACCGACAGCACGGCCCGGGUGUGAGGCAGAGGAGGCCUGUCUGUCUAAAACAUGUCUGAAUCAAGGAGUCUGUGUCCCUAAUUGGACGGGUGCCAUGUGUCUGUGUGAGGACAGCUACACAGGAGACAAUUGUUCACAAGGUAUUUAGAUCACUCUAUAUUGGAUAGAGUCCCUGUUAGCAGGUCACAAUGUUUCCUGAAGACAACUACACUGGAGACAAUUGUUCACAAGGUAUUUAGAUCACUCUGUAUUGGAUAGAGUCCCUGUUAACAGGUCACAAUGUUUCCUGAAGACAACUACACUGGAGACAAUUGUUCACAAGGUAUUUAGAUCACUCUGUAUUGGAUAGAGUCCCUGUUAGCAGGUCACAAUGUUUCCUGAAGGCAGCAAAGAAAAUUGUGUAACUUGUCUCACCAAUUAUCUUCAGAAUCAUCUCAGAGCUUCAGCUCAGAUUGAUAUUAGUAAUGAAAAGUAAGCACACAAGAUAACAACAACCUAAUAUUCUUCAUUAAUUUUAUAAAACAAAUCUUUUUGAAAAUUCAAUUGGUUUUGUUUGGGAAAACACAAAAGAAUGGAGAGAGCUUGAGUAAAAAGCCAACUUAAAAUGCGGCUUAUAUCUGCUUUCCCAUUGUCUGCUGUCUCAUAGUCUGUUAUAUGUGCUGUCUCAUAGUCUUUUGUUUCAUUGUCUACUGUCUCAUAGUCUGCUGUCUCAUUGUCUGCUGUCUCAUAGUCUGUUAAUAUCUGCUGUCUCAUAGUCUGCAGUCUAAUUGUCUGCUGUCUCAUAGUCUGUUAAUAUCUGCUGUCUCAUAGUCUGUUAAUAUCAGCUGUCUCAUUGUCUGCCGCCAUAUAUUUUUAAUUAGCAUUUCAUAUCUGAAGUAUAUUUUCCACCUCCAUCUAAAGGACGUAACCCAUUCCAUUAACAGGUAAUGCUAUUCAUUAACUAUUUACCCUUAUUUCUUGUUUUGAAUUUGUGUUUGAAAGCGGCCGCCAACACGUUUGAUGGCAACUCAAGCGUUGCAUCCAUCCUGCUGGACAGAGCAAAGUUUUCAUUUGGUGACAGUGGGAAGGUGGAGUUCCGUACCAGGCAGGCCACCGCGACACUGAUGCUGCUCCAGUUUUACCUGCUGGAUGGUGGUGUUGGGGGCUCCAUAGAGUUCAGGAUAUACAGGGACAGGCUCCAGGCUUAUUCUAGCUUCAGUUCAGGUAAGUGGUUCAGGAUAUACAGGGACAUACUCCAGGCUUAUUCUAGCUUCAGUUCAGGUAAGUGGUUCAGGAUAUACAGGGACAUACUCCAGGCUUAUUCUAGCUUCAGUUUAGGUAAGUGGUUCAGGAUAUACAGGGACAGGCUCCAGGCCUAUUCUAGCUUCAGUUCAGGUAAGUGGUUCAGGAUAUACAGGGACAGGCUGCAGGCUUAUUCUAGCUUCAGUUCAGGUAAGUGGUUCAGGAUAUACAGGGACAGGCUGCAGGCUUAUUCUAGCUUCAGUUCAGGUAAGUGGUUGAGGAGGUCUGAUCAGUGUGGUUGGGAAGGUCUGAUCAGUGUGGUUGGGGAGGUCUGAUCAGUGUGGUUGGGGAUGCCUGAUCAGUGUGGUUGGGGAGUUCAUGCUGCAUGGUAUUUCCAUCACAAUUCAUUGACAAAAAAACACAAGUGAUGUGAUUAUUUUUUUUAUCAUGAAAAACAAAAAUAUUCCAUUGAAAAGCAUUUUUUUUUUAAAGUUGGGGAGGUGUGGGCAGUGUGGUUGGGGAGGUCUGAUCAGUGUGGUUGGGGAGGUCUGAUCAGUGUGGUUGGGGAGGUCUGGUCAGUGUGGUUGGGGAGGUGUGAUCAGUGUGGUUGGGGAGGUCUGGUCAGUGUGGUUGGGGAGGUCUGAUCAGUGUGGUUGGGGAGGUCUGAUCAGUGUGGUUGGGGUGGUCUGAUCAGUGUGGUUGGGGAGGUCUGAUCAGUGUGGUUGGGGAGGUCUGAUCGGUGUGGUUGGGGAGGUAUGAUCAGUGUGGUUGGGGAGGUCUGGUCAGUGUGGUUGGGGAGGUCUGGUCAGUGCUGUUGGUGUGGUCUCAUCAGUGUGGUUGGGAAGUCUUAUCUUUGUAUUUGAGGAGGUCUGAUCACUUUUAAGUUGUUGUUUCACAAAGUCUGGAGUUUAAACAAAAAGUAUUUUAUUUAAAAAUGAAGCAGAAUAAAAAAAUUUGCUCUAAAUUGUUUCCUUUUCUUUCUAUCCAAGAAAUCAAUUGUGUAAAUAGCAUUUGUCACUAACAUUGGCUCAACUUUAACGUUUCACACAUUUGUUGUGUUGACACUGUGUUCACACUUCUUACUACAGCCACAGCCGAGUCAAGUCAAGUUGUAUCAGAUGGCGAGUGGCAUUCACUAGGUUGGGUCAGGAACAGAACAUUCUUCGUUAUAGACCUUGACGGAGCUCCCUUGUCUUUAGAAACUGGUUUUAACCAAUAUCACAUGAAUCAGUCAAACGUGAUGGAAGUCUAUGUAGGAGCUCGGCCAUUUCUCCAAGGUGAGGAUUUAAAAUAAUUUCAGGAUUAAAUUUAAUAUUGCUAGCACUGGGUUGAAGACAGACAGAGCACUGGCUUGUAGACAGACAGAGCACUGGGUUGAAGACAGACAGAGCACUGGGUUGAAGACAGGCAGAGCACUGGGUUGAAGACAGACAGAGCACUGGGUUGAAGACAGGCAGAGCACUGGGUUGAAGACAGAGCACAGGAUUGAAGACAGACAGAGCACUGGGUUUUAGACAAACAGAGCACUGGGUUGUAGACAGACAGAGCACUGGGUUGUAGACAGACAGAGCACUGGGUUGUGGAGAGACAGAGCACUGGGUUGUGGAAAGACAGAGCACUGGGUUGUGGAAAGACAGAGCACUGCAUUGUGGAGAGACAGAGAACUGGGUUGUGGACAGACAGAGCACUGGGUUGGGGACAGACAGAGCACUGGGUUGUGGACAGACAGAGCACUGGGUUGGGGACAGAGUACUGGGUUGUGGACAGAGUGAGCAUGGGUUGUGGACUGACAGAGCGCUGGGUUGUGGACUGACAGAGCACUGGGUUGUGGACAGACAUAGUUUUAUUGAACCCUGUGACAACUGUGGCAUACUGUGUAUUUGUUCAUGAAUGUUAUCAAGUGUGUGACAUUUUUGUUUGGCCAACUCUCAUAGUCCAGCUCUUUUUUCACAUGGUUGUCUUUGAAGGACUUAAUUAUAGCUGAAAUGAUCCUAUUGACACAAGAUUCACAUUUCAUGCAGCUAGUCUUAUGACAUGAAAGCAUCUCUACAUGAUGUCACACUAUUUCUGAUAAACCCCCUGCCCCCCACACUUGUCACAAAAUGUAGCUACCUUCCAAAUACUAAUAUAUGAGAUAAAAUACUUGAGUCACUAAGUCAUAGGCCUCCUCCCCUGUUCCUUGUGUCAUUUAUGGAUGGCCCCUUGCUAUACAACAGGAGUCCUCAAACAUUUUAAUCAGGGGGUCCAUUCAGUGUCCCUCAGACAAUGUUGAGGGCCAUUCUAUCAUUUUAAAAUAUAAUGAAUUCCCGUGCAAGCUGCACUUACAUCUUCUAUGGAGCAACAACAAAAAUCAAUUAAAAAAGAACACAAUGUUUAAAAUGAAGAACACUUUUAAACAACAUUAAGGUAUUAGCACCUCAAUGGGAAGUAUGGGUCUGCAUUUGGCUGAAUAGAUGGUCAACAUUUGUUUCCAAAUUGUCACCGCUACCCAGGAACCCGUACCGCGGCUCAGCGGUCCAGGUUAAAGACCCCUGAAGGGCCGAUACUUGCCCAUGGGCCAUUGUUUGAGGACCCCUGUUUUAAAUAUUUGGAAACAUCAUUUUUGUAAGCUAGAUUUUAAUUUUGAUAAUUGUUUUGAGCUAUGAGAUAAAUUAAUAUCUAAUGGUCUCCAAUGCUUUCCAGGUGACCCCUCAAACCUGGUUGGUUACUUCAAAGGCUGCGUCAGAGAAAUCUCAUUCAACAACCAGUCGCUUCUGUACGUUAACAGUACCAUGGUCCAGCCUGGGGCUGUGGUCAGCACGAUGGGCAUAACAAAUGGUUGCCAGGGUGAUCCGGUGUGCAGCACCAACCCAUGUCCAGAAAACUCCUACUGCGUCGACGGGUGGAACCGGUUUCAGUGUCCUUGCCUGGACGGGUGGGAGGGGCCGGCCUGCGAGGUCAACACAGACGACUGCAGGAACAGUUCAUGUCAAAAUGGGGCGACGUGCCUCGAUAAACUACUUUCCUACGCCUGUCAGUGCGGUGAAAACUUCACCGGUGAGUUUUGUGAAACUGUGCUACAACCGUGCUCCAUGAGCACGUGUAUUCAGAAUCAGACCUCGGAGUGUGUUUCGCUCAACUCGACAAACUAUUUAUGUAAUUGUUUACCCGGUUACACCGGGGAACACUGCGAAGUACUUAUCAACCACUGCAUGUCAUCUCCGUGUCGCAACAAUGCAACGUGUUUGAGUUCUCUUAACAACUUCACCUGUCUGUGCCACUCUGGGUUUUACGGUACGUAUUGUGACCUUUUGGACCUUUGCUAUUCGCAGCCAUGUUUUAAUGGCGGAACUUGCCUCUUACUUAAUAAUUUAAAUAAUGCUAAUUUUUAUUCAAACUCUUCUGCCUCACUGAAUCAGACAGGUUCCGACAGUGCUGACGUUAGUCUCGUUGACAAUAAUGUCAAAACAGUCGCGGCUGGUGCGGAUGCCUAUGUGUGUCAGUGUGUUGGACCAUAUUACGGGUCUGAGUGUCAGAGCUACAACUACUGCGCUGUUAACUUGUGUCAAAAUAAUGCAACAUGUGUCCUGGAAGAGAACAGGUACACGUGCAAUUGUACAUCUGGUUUUUAUGGGACAUACUGUGAAUUCGUGGACUACUGUGCAUCUGGUCUGUGUCUGCAUGGUGGGGAGUGCAGGAACUAUGGAGACUCGUACCGGUGCCUGUGUUCAUUUUAUUACACGGGAAACACCUGCGAGACCCCUAUUAACCAAUGCGUGUACAACAUGUGCUUCAACGGUGCAACAUGUGUGUUUAACCAAUCAUCUUCGUCAUUAACAAAUAGCACAUAUUGCAUAUGCACGGAUGGAUACACUGGGAAAAACUGUGAAGUGGAUAUCAAUGAGUGUGAGUCUGACCCCUGCCUCAACAAUGGAACUUGUCGGGAUAGCAGCAACAGAACGCAGUCGGAGAUUUUUUUCCCUGGUUUCCGUUGUGCCUGUCCACCGGGCUUUACCGGUGCAUUCUGCGAAGAGGAUAUCAACGAAUGUACAUCGGGGCCAUGCAGGAACAAUGGGACGUGUCUGGAUCAAGUUAACGGCUUCAUCUGCAGCUGUCCUGAUGGUUUCACGGGUAGCAGGUGCGAUGCAGAUACAAGAGGCUGUGGUUCAAAUCCUUGUAAGAAUCAAGCAAGCUGUAUUGGAGAAGGCUCCUUGAACUACACCUGUGUUUGCCAGACAGGAUAUACAGGU